AUGCCAGACAACCAGAUUAUAGUGCCGCUCGCGAUUGUCUCUGAAUCUCUUCACUUCGCAACAGUGAAGUCGGAUGGCACCGCGCAGGAUGUCAUUGACUCCGUUCUCACAGUUCCGGAAGUGGCCUCAGAAGUGCUCGGUGACUUAGAGCAGUAUGGCUGGGGGUUGCAGAUGAUCCGAAAAGAACCUAAUGGUCGACAGUGGGAGGAGAACGAGCUCGAGUCCCUGGGAAAUGGGUUACUAGCACCCUCCAUGGCCAUCGCUCCGUUGCUGAAUGCACCAUCACCUACCGCUCGUUCACAGAGGCACUUCUCCGCGUUUCCACUCACUUCACAUCUUCAUACACCGGCACUGCGCGUAGUCUCGCUUCAUCCGUUUCUGUCGUUGACGUGUUCGUUCCUCCGUGUUCCUGAGAUUCAUGAUGGUUUCGAAUGGAAAUUGUUCAUAUCAAGAUCGUCCACUGUUCAGCAAAGUAUCGAGACAGUCAUCGACGAGCUUGGGCUUACCAAGACCCUACCCACUCCGGGCGGUGGAAGCUUCGAUUAUGUGUUGGAAGAAGUCUGGACACAUGAGAGCACGGAAAAGUCUCAUAAGCUGUCUCCUACAAGCCUGCUGUCAAACGUCCUUGAGCAGCCUUCCCCACGCAGGCCAUCUGCGCCCUCUGCCUUCCGUACAUUUCGAUUUUGUGUACCAGAGGAGUGGUAUCGUCGAUCGAAGCCCCGCUCUGUCUCAUCCACCUCCGCAGUGCCUUCUGAAGCGACCAUACAGGGCCUCACUGACUUGGAGGAAUCUGCUGACGAAGACGAGGACGGCGAAGGCACUGCUAAGCGAUCUGAUAGUGCUCAGCCUUCGACGCCAACAGCCUCAACCAGUGGCUUUAGCACAUCGUCAGAUUGGCGCGGGUCGAUCUCUCAAAACCGUCUAUCCAGUAUGUUUGAUAGUUGGAUACACCCCCCGACUCCCGUGGCCAACGGUACAACUCCACAGGAGAAGAAAAUUAUCAGUGAACCAAAGCUCGUGACACACAACACCGGUGACAGCCUCGGGGAAAGCGGCCAAAUUGUAGAAGAUUCUGGUAUUGACGGCAUAGACAUGGCAGAAUUUGAACAGCUAUUGGACGAGAUGGGCUUGAAAGGAGACAAGCGAGACCUUAUGUAUCGCCUUCCGUCGGAAAAGAAGCAAUACCUGCUCCAGACGAACAAGGAGAAUCGCUCUUCCGCAGGUUUCAAAACCCCUGCUGUCAAGACCGCCUCGGACCAUACUAUACAACCAUCCACAUAUAGUCCUGCAAGUGCGAGCUCUUUGUUGCCCCGCCUCGUGCCUCAACUCACUGGAGAUUCCGGACUGAUGAGACGAUUCUCGAUAGCCGGUUGGGGUAGCAGCGCGGUGACUCCGGAAGACCAAAGCCCUGCAAAUGCCGACAAUUGUUCUGUUAGGCAAAAUUCUAGAGGCACGGCCACAGCAGAGGUGGAGAGUCCUACGGAAGCCACUUCACUGCAGCCUCAGACCACUGGUGGGCUUUGGAGCAGUUGGUGGACUUCGUCUGGUGGCGAAAAGAGUGCCGCACCGGCAGGAAAAAAGCAACUGAAAGAGACCGAAAAAAGCGCCAAGUGGUAUGUAGACAAGCUUCGGAGCGGAAGGACGUCGGAUACAAAGCUUGUGAAACAUCUCAUCUCCCUGCGAGUACACCUUUCGACCGCCAACCUGGCUUGGAUCGAAGACUUUGUGUUGACAGAGAAGGGGAUGGACAUUUUAGGCCGAUUCCUGUCGGGGCUAGUUGCCAAGGGCGGUAAGCGGAAGAAAUUGAAUGAGGUUGAAGAAACGGUGCUUCUGGAAGUCAUUAAAUGUCUUCGAGUAUUGCUCAACACGGAGCUCGGGUUCGACCAAGUUCUGUCUGCGCCCAUUCUGAUAACUCACAUCGCCUAUUCGCUGCACGGUUCCUCUGUCAAACUGCGAACUCUUGCCUCGGAAGUUCUUGCUGCAAUAUGUGUCUUGUCACUAACGGAAGGUCACAAAGCAGUGGUUUCUGCAAUGUCGGAUUAUCGCGUGGAGUUCGAAGAGCCAUUUCGUUUUCAAGAACUCAUUGCCUCUCUCAGACUACCUGAUAUCUCUGACGAUGCGACAUCGACUGAUGACGACAACUAUCGUAAUGAAGAAGGGGUUUGGGAAGCUCGGACAGCUUCUAUGGCGUUGGUCAAUGCACUCACCAAUUGUCCGGAUGUCCUGGAAGAGCGGAUCCUUCUGCGCGAAGAAUUUGGAAGGCGAGGCUUGAACGAAGUCAUAGUGACUCUCCGAUAUGUCAAACCGCCUGAAUCUCUGGUUACACAGCUCGAUGUGUAUACUGAAGAAAAAUUUGAGGAUGAAGAAGACAUGCGCGAGCGUGCUCGCAGCUUGGCAAGUUGUCACAAGUCGCCAUCCGAUGCGGACGAUACGACUCGGCGCCUUAUUUCUUUGGCAAGACAACACGACCAGUUAUAUCCUGCGAUGAACGAAAUUAUCCAACACUUCAGUCAGUUACUCGAGAGUGAUGUCGAUAACCAGCUUAAAGCAGAUCUUCUAUUCAUCUCGGGCAUGUUCAUCAAGAUGUUGUGUUCUCUUCGAGAUGUGCAAGGGAGCUGGCCCAGCUUUCUACAGCAAUUCGUAGCAUCUGUCCAGCAAAUCACUGGUCAAGGACUGGACGUGAAACCCCCGAAUGGCCACGAGUCCGUGAUAGAAGCUGAGAUUGAGACCUUACGUACUCGCGAAGAGGAGUUAAGCCAGGAGAGGAACGAACUUCGGGAUCAGCUAGAACAGCAGGUUGCAGAGAUCAAUACUCUCCGGUCGUUAACCCCUGGAAUGUUGAUCUCGCAGCCGAAGGGAAGUGGAGGUGUCACAGAGUCCAACCAGAACCUGCAUGGACUUGUUCAGCGUCUUGUUCAGAAGGAGAAACAUGUCUUACAGCUCCAAGCUGAGCUUGAUCGCCUAAAAGCUGCCAAUCCAGCUGACAGACGAGAUGCAGAUGAACGAGCGAAGCGUGAACGAGACAGGGUGAAAUGGAACACCUUGAUGGAAGAGAUAGCCAAGCUAAAGCUGCAGAUCGGUGAACUCGAUAGUGGCAUUGGGAUCAAAGACAAGGAGGUAAUCUAUCUGAAGAGAGCGCUUGAGUCUGUUUACUCCCGAUUCCGACUGAGAGAGGGAAAUCGUGAAGCUGAAUUCGACGCGCAACUCAUUGCUACUCGUGCCAUUGAUAGCUUCACUCGAAAGGACGAGGAAAUCGCAAAUCUCCAGGCAGAGGUCGCCAAGCUGAAAUCAGAAUUGUCAGAGAAGUCAAAAAUAAAGACGGAGACAGAUUUCAAGCGUCGAGUCCCGCCACCACCACCACCCCUACCCACAAAACCAAAUCGUCCUCCUGUUGUUGGUGGUUCUGGUCUCAAGAUUAACGGUGUGUCCGACACAGCAGCAUAUUCACCAUCUACACCGUUCCCUCAUCCGCCACCCCCACCUCCUCCACCAUCACCGCCCCCACCUCCUGCAGUGAAGCAGACGUCACUACCGUCCCCGCGGACAUCUCAGGUUGUCAUCCCGUCAUUUUCACCGUCAGUAGUAGGUCUUCAACAGCCGUCGUCGCCGCCGCCGUCACCAUCACCACCACCGUCUUCAACUUCCGGCUCUCCUUCGUCGUUAUCACCUCCACCGCCACCUCCACCGCCACCUCCGCCGCCGCCGCCGCCGCCACUGCCGUCUCCAGCUGCUUCGAUACCACUCUCGGGGCCGCCGCCUCCACCGCCUCCACCUCCUUCUGCCUAUAGAGCACCGACUAGAUCUAAGAUUGUUCGCCCAGCGAAGCGUUUGAAGCCCUUCUUCUGGAACAAGCUCCCCCCUCUUUCAAUAUCCUCCACGGUGUGGAGCGAGGUCCCUCAAGAUGCUUCGUUUGACCUGAGUGAUAUAGAGGUCACCUUUUCCAUCGCAAGCAGUUCCCAACUCUCUGUAGCAUCUCCCAGAAAGCAGUCAGUGACGACCCUUCUUGAUAUUACGAGGGCGAAUAAUGUGGCCAUUAUGCUGUCCCGGAUCAAGCUUGAAUUACCUGAGAUUCGAUCCGCACUUCUCACUCUGGACGACCAGAAAUUGUCGAUUGACGAACUCAGGGCAAUCGGCAGACAGCUACCCACUCCAGAAGAGAUCACAAGGCUUAAGGAUUUCGAUGAUGUUAACAAAUUGUCCAAGGCGGACCAGUACUUCAUUCAGAUCAUGACUAUUCCAAGGCUAUCAGGUCGACUGGAAUGCAUGCUGUAUCGUCGGAAAUUGGAGCUCGAACUGGAAGAAUUACGGCCAGAGCUGAAUAUCGUUCGCAAUGCCUCUCAUGAGAUACGCUCCUCAGCGAAGUUCAAGAGAAUAUUACAGGCUGUUCUUGUUGUCGGCAAUGCUCUAAAUGGUUCCACGUUCCGUGGCGGAGCUAGAGGCUUCCAGUUAGAGGCCCUGCUGAAGUUGAAAGAGACUAAGACUGCGAAGGGUGGACCGGAGUGCCCCACCCUUCUGCAUUAUGUCGCCAGAAUCCUCCUGAGGAGUGAUCCGUCCCUAGUAAUGUUCAUCGAGGAUAUGCCACAUCUGGAGGCAGCCGCUCGAGUUUCUGUACAGACAACCGUAGCGUCUGUGCAAGCACUCAGCAUCGGCCUUGACCAAGUCGCUUCAGAGAUCCGGGAGAUGAAGAAGAUACUGCUCCCUGCGAACGACACCUUCAUUUCUGUCAUGCAGCCGUUUGCGACACAAGUGGCUCAUAGCGUGAAUGCACUUAAGAACAUGGCGAAUGUGUUGGAGAAUGAGCUGAAGGCAAUGUUGGCGUUCUAUGGAGAAACUUCAGAUUCCUCCGAAGGGCCAAAGCCCGAGGAUUUCUUUGGUCUCAUACUGACCUUUUCGUCCACUAUACAGAAAGCUGCAUUGGAAGUGCAUGAUGCCGAAGAGAAACUCAAGCCAGUGUCACCGAAGAUUGCAGUCGAAGUGUCGAAGACAUCUCCUGCGGGAGAAUUGAUGGUUACGCCAAAUGUUGUCGACCACCUGGCUCCACCUGGCUCUCGGAGUCGUUCUACGGGUCGUUCUGUCGGCCGGGGAGAUCUCGAUCAAGCCAUUCGCAGUAUGCGGACAGGUAAAAGAGUAGUUCGAGCUCCCCAUCAACCUCUCAGCAAGAUAUUUGUGGACGGCGCGAGGACCAGCCGCAUGUUUGAAUGA